AUGCCACGGGUUUAUAAACCUGAUCCUCGCGGUAGGAGAUAUAAAAAAUACGAUACCAACAUAAUACAAAAGGCUGUAGAUGAAUAUUCUGAAGGCGGCAGUUCAUUGGAUACAAUAGCAAAAAAAUAUCAAAUACACCGAUCGGUUUUAUAUAGACAUUGCCAUAAAACGAUGAAAACUCACGGAGGUCAAACUGUGUUGUCGAAAGAUACAGAGCAGGAAUUUAUAAAAUAUAUAAAUAUUUGUGCAAACUGGGGUUAUCCUCUAGAAGCGUAUGAUUUACGAUUACUUGUAAAACUAUAUCUUGACAGAUUGGGCGUUAAUGAAAAACGGUUCAAAAAUAACAUGCCUGGACCAGACUUUGUUGCUAGUUUUUUAAAAAGGCAUAGAGACGUUAUUUCUCACAGGAUAUCUCAAAAUAUCAAAAGAAAUCGAGCUGCGGUUUCUGAAGAAAUAAUAAAAAAAUAUUUUGAGGAAUUAAAGAUAUCAUUAAAUGAUGUAUGUAUGUGUAACGUAAUAAACUACGAUGAGACUAAUCUAGCUGAUGAUCCGGGACGGAAAAAAAUUAUAGCCAGAAAAGGCACUAAGUAUCCGGAGCGCGUCAUGAAUCAUUCAAAAUCUGCCGUUUCAGUUAUGUUCUCUUGUACUGCUGAAGGAGAUUUAUUGCCCCCCUAUGUCGUUUACAAAUCGCAGAAUUUGUACGACACUUGGAUAAGUAAAGGGCCAAAAGGGACGCGGUACAACCGAUCGCAAUCAGGAUGGUUCGAUGGACCAAUAUUUGAGGAUUGGGUAAAAUCCAUAAUCAUACCUUACUUUCAAGGGAAGUCUGGCAAAAAAAUCUUAAUUGGUGAUAACUUGUCAUCACACCUUUCUAUUGACCUCAUAAAAUUGUGCUAUGAGGAAGAUAUUCAUUUUAUAUUUUUGCCAGCAAAUUCAACUCAUAUCACACAACCUCUCGACGUGGCUUUCUUCAGGCCGAUGAAAAUGGCAUGGAGAAAUAUAAUAUUUCAAUGGAAAAAAACGGACGGUCGCAAACUAGCCACAAUUCCUAAAGGGUAUUUUCCGACAUUAUUAUCCAAAUUAAUAGACACUCUCAAAGUUAACGCCAAAGAAAAUAUUUUGGCCGGUUUUAGAAAAACUGGUAUAAAUCCAUUUGAUCCUAUACAAGUUUUAAAUAGACUACCUGAACAUGAAGAUAAUAAGCACCGCAUCGAAGCUGUAAAUGAAUCUGUUCUAGAUAUACUGAAAGAAAUGCGUUACGGAACCACAAACGUUGUUGAACCGAAAAGAAAGAGAAAAAUAGAAGUAGAACCUGGAAAGUGUGCAAGUGUUGAAGAAAGUUACGUUGAAACCGAAGUUGAAAACAGAGAACCAAAGAAGAAACAAAAAAAGACUGAGAAACGAGUAAAGGAUACUAAAAAAGAUCAGAACGAAUGUAAUAAUGAACAAAGUACAUUUAAAGGAAAGGGAGUAGGAAAAAAAACAAAAACGCCAUUAAAUGCACCUAUAGUUGAAAACGAACCAACUUUGACUGAUAAUUACCUAGGCAUAGAAUCAAUGCCGGUUGUAAUGUUUGGAGAUGAUAUUGUAAUUGACCAUACAGAAACAGUAGAAAAUGAUAAUAAAAACUAUUCUGAUAAUACGAUUUCGAAUAAUGAAAUUAAAGAAAGUGACAAAGUUAAAAUAUUGUCAGAUAUAUCCAUAACUAAUUCUAAAUUGGUAAAAGACACCAUAUCAAUUGGUGCUUUGAAAUUAAUCCCGCCAAGCACCAAAUUGAAAAUCAUAUCAAAGGCUGCAAUAGGUAAUAAGCAGAACAUCAUUAGAAAUCAACCAAAGAAGCUAAAUUACUAUAGGAAUGACGAGGAAAUUAUUUAUGAAUUAAUGAAGGAUUAG